CCAUGUUGGUCAGGCUGGUCUCGAACUCCUGACCUCAGGUGAUCCGCCCACCUCGGCCUCCCAAAGUGCCGGGAUUAUAGGCGUGAGCCACCGCGCCCGGCAGACCUCCUCAGCUUCUAAAGGACACAGUACCUUGGAGGAAUGUGGACGGACGGAUGGAGUCCUACACUCCUGGGAUGCCGAAAUGCUGACGGUCAAGAGACUGGGAUUUGGGGGAACAAGGCUUCCAGGGUUCCGCCUGAGCAAGGGAGUUUUUGACUUCUUAGACAGGACGGUCUUUCACUUCCUUUGGAGUGGGUCUCUGACCUGGGAAUGUGGGGUCUGGGUUUGGUGGUCCAGAGAAGGAAUAAAUAGCCCUAGGAUAGGCGGGGUAAAGGCCAAGGUUUCUUGGGAUGGGGGUUUAUUGGGAUAGGGGUUUCUCAGUAGGCACCUCCUGAGAUCCUGGGGAAGGGUCCCCAGUUCCUUGGGUAUCAGGGCAUGAGGCCAGGGUUUGGGGGAGGAGCUCCUGAGCUUGUGAAGAGAGGGGCAGGGGUUCACGUGGGAAUCUCAAGGAAGGAUGGGGUCUCGUCUCCUACCCUGUGGAACUGGAGUGCUGCUGGCGGCGUAGAUGGAGAGGGAACCAGGAUGAAGCCUGGGAGAGGAUGCCCAGAAUAGGGGCUCUGUGCCCUAGUGGGGAGAGUACUCUGAAUUCUCGGGGAGAUGCUUGAGCCCUGGAAGGAUCUAAGGCUGGUGGGAGGUGUCUGAGGCUAGGGGCGGACGGGAAGGGGGGGUUCGAGGCCAGCCUAGGGAGGGGAAUUCCCUGAAAAGGGGACAUAUAAGGAGGUGGCUUCAACUGCCCCCCCUCUGCCUCGGUUGUGUCCCGUUCCCCCGCACUCUGGGCGCUGUCCCAGCCUGCCCAGCGCUGCCCAGCCUCCAGAAGCAGAGGACCCAGACCGGGGCCAGCCCUGCAACUCCUGCAGGGAGCAGUGCCCCGGCUUCCUGCUCCACGGCUGGAGAAAGAUCUGCCAGCAUUGCAAAUGCCCGCGGGAGGAGCACGCAGUGCACGCGGUGCCUGUGGACCUGGAACGCAUCAUGUGCCGGCUAAUCUCGGACUUCCAGCGCCACUCCAUCUCCGACGACGACUCAGGCUGUGCAUCGGAGGAGUAUGCCUGGGUGCCCCCAGGCCUUAAGCCGGAGCAGGUAUAUCAGUUUUUCAGCUGCCUCCCAGAGGAUAAGGUCCCCUACGUCAACAGUCCUGGGGAGAAAUACAGGAUCAAGCAGCUGCUGCACCAGCUGCCCCCACACGACAGUGAGGCACAGUACUGCACAGCACUGGAAGAGGAGGAAAAGAAAGAGCUCCGAGCCUUUAGCCAGCAGCGGAAGCGGGAGAAUCUGGGUCGUGGCAUCGUGCGCAUCUUCCCAGUGACCAUCACUGGGGCCAUCUGUGAGGAGUGUGGGAAGCAGAUUGGAGGUGGAGAUAUUGCAGUGUUUGCCAGCCGUGCAGGCCUGGGUGCCUGCUGGCACCCACAGUGCUUCGUGUGCACCACAUGCCGGGAACUGCUGGUUGACCUCAUCUACUUCUACCAUGCUGGCAAGGUCUACUGCGGGCGUCACCAUGCCGAAUGCCUGCGUCCACGCUGCCAAGCCUGUGACGAGAUCAUCUUCUCCCCUGAGUGCACGGAGGCUGAGGGCCGCCACUGGCACAUGGAUCACUUCUGCUGCUUUGAGUGUGAAGCUUCGCUAGGAGGGCAGCGCUACGUCAUGCGUCAGAGCCGCCCCCACUGCUGUGCCUGCUAUGAGGCCCGCCAUGCGGAGUACUGUGAUGGCUGUGGGGAGCACAUCGGCCUGGACCAAGGCCAGAUGGCUUACGAGGGCCAGCACUGGCAUGCCUCAGACCGCUGCUUCUGCUGUAGUCGCUGUGGGCGGGCCCUGCUGGGCCGUCCAUUCCUGCCACGCCGAGGCCUAAUCUUCUGCUCUCGAGCCUGCAGCCUUGUGUCCGAGCCCACGGCUCCAGGACCCGGCCGCCGCAGCUGGAGUGCCGGCACUGUUACAGCCCCACUUGCAGCCUCCACAGCCUCUUUCUCUGCUGCAGAGGGGGCAUCAGAGACCACCACCAAAGGCACCUGCACGGAGUCAGCGCCAGCUACAGGCCCCGAGGAGCCUUCCCGCUUUCUGAGAGGGGCUCCCCACCGCCACUCCAUGCCGGAGCUGGGGCUCCGCAGUGCCCCCGAGCCGCCCCCAGAGUCCCCCGGCCAGCCUAACCUGCGCCCAGAUGAUAGUGCCUUCGGUCGCCAGAGCACCCCACGCGUCAGCUUCCGCGACCCUCUCGUGUCUGAAGGAGGUCCGCGCCGGACCCUGAGUGCACCCCCGGCCCAGCGCCGCAGGCCACGCAGUCCCCCACCCAGGGCCCCCAGCCGUCACCACCACCGUCAUAAUCACCAUCACCAUCACCACCACCACCGCCACCCAAGCAGACGUCUCCACUAUCAGUGUGACGCGGGAUCAGGGUCAGACUCGGGAUCUUGCUCCAGCUCGCCCUCCAGCUCCAGUUCCGAAUCCUCAGAGGAUGAUGGCUUCUUCCUAGGAGAGCGCAUCCCUCUGCCCCCGCAUUUGUGCAGGCCCAUGCCUGCUCAGGACAAUGCAACGGAGACCUUCAACUCCCCAUCUUUAUCACUCCCCAGGGACUCUCGCCCAGGGAUGCCUCGACAGACCCGACAGACCCGAGACAAGAACUGCAUCGUGGCUUGAAGGCAGGCCUUCCUGGAGGGGGCUCCAUUCUCCAGUCAGAGUAGACGAUGAGGCCCAUGCCCCUCACCCCCACGCCCCACCCCCACAACCCAAGUCAUAAAUCCUCUUCCUCCCUCCUUUGUCUGUUUGUUUCUAUUUUUGUUUCUGUUUUAGAGACAUGAUCUGCUCUAUUGCCCAGGUUGGAGUGCAGUGGUAUGAUCACGGCUCACUGCAGCCUCAAAAGUUUUGGGCUUAAGUGAUCCUCCCACCUCAGCCUCCCAGGUAGCUGGGACUCCUGGCUGGUGUCAGCGUGCCAGCUAAUUUUUUAAUUUUUUGGUAGAGAUGGGAUUUCGCCAUGCAGCCCAGGCUGGUCUAGAACUCCUGAGCUCAAGCAAUCCUCCCGCUGCCUCCCAAAGGACUGGGAUUACAGGCAUGAGCCACCGCACCAGGACUUUCGUUUGUAUUAUCGAAGUAAUUUAAUAUUUGUUGUAAAACAGGCCUGGCUUCUUUGCCUCCUUGCCCCAGCUGUUUCCACUCCAUUUCCCCCUCCUGAUGCUUGAAAUUUAUCCACAUUUGAUGAAAGGAUUACUGUAUUCAUUAUCAUAUAUUUUAACAAUGUUUAUUAUUCAUUUAUCCCUCUACAGAACCACCACCCACACCGAGAUUAUUUGGAGUGGGUCCCAACCUGGGGACUGGACUCUGAAAUCUAACUCCCCCCUUCCCUCAUUUUGUGACUUAGGUGGGGGCAUGGUUCAGGCAGAACUGGUGUCUCCUAUUGGAUCCUGCAGAAGGAGGACCUAGGCACAGGCGUAUGGUGGCCACACCCAGGAGGGUUGAUUGGCAGG